AUGUCUCCUUUCGCCUGCCUCGCCGCCUUGACCCUCGCCCUGGCCUCGCUAUCGCCGGCUGCAGCCAUCAGCAUCCCCGGCCACGACCCUGGCGCCGCCGUCGUGCCCUCCUGGACGCAGUUCCUGCAGGCGCACAACGACGCGCGCGGCGCAGUCGGCCUGCCGCCGCUGACGUGGAACUUGACGCUGGAGCUGGACGCCAUGCAGUACGCGAACAAGCUCCGCGUCCCCUGCAACCUCUCGCCGAUCCCGUGGCCCGCCGACGGGGUCUACGGGCGGAACCUCUACUGGGCCAACGGGCACCACAACGCGACGCACGCGGUGGCCGCGUGGGUGGACGAGCGGCGGUGGUACGACCACGGCGCCAACGCCUGCGCCCCGGGGAAGACGUGCGGCGAGUACACGCAGGUGGUGUGGAACACCACGCGGGAGCUCGGCUGCGGCCGCCGCACCUGCCGGAACGGCCUCGACACCGUGGCCGUCUGCGAGUACUUCCCUCCUGGCAACUAUGUUGGCGUGCCGCCCUACUGA